AGAAGUUGAGGGGAAGAUAAGGAAGCAUGUCUUCAAUUUGAUAUCAUGUUGUUGGCCAUCAAUUGUCACCACCAUAAAGUGUACUCAUAGCCCAAUUGGAUUCUUCUCAUUUCCCCUCCUUUUUCUCCUCUUUGCAUUUGUCCUAAUGGAUGUUGUUAAUGUUAAAUACAAAGCUCCAAUUAGCUCUAAUCCUCCAUGGAGUUAUCUUUGGGACUUUUCCCACAUUACUUUUCAAAGUCAAGUUUUUUUCUUUUCUUUAAUAUAAUUUGCACCAUGCUAAAAUGCAUCAUAAUCCUAUCCUUAGUCUUACACUUGGAUUUGGUGCACUAAUUGUGUGACUUCAACUACAAAUAAACAGUUUAAAUUUAAUUUUAUUAUUUAAUAUUAUAAAUCGUCUGAUCUUAUAUUAACUAUCAAUAUUGUCAUUACCUAAAGUUUCAAACUGCUGACAAUCUGGUUCCAAAUGUACCCUAAUGUGCAUAAUUGCACAAAUCAAUGGUUCAUAUUCACCCUAGUAAAACAAAGGUAACCACUAUGUGUGGAAGAAAAAAAAAAAGGUAACAACAGUAUACAACAAUUCACACACUCUUCUUUUCCACCAUUGACAUUUUGUCACUCUUGUCUCUUCACUUUCUUCUCAGCAUUUGCCAAUACCUGAAAACUCAUUCUCUCUCUUUCAUUGUGAAAAGGGGUAAGCAAAACUUUUGAUUCUAGCUUAAAUCAUCACAACUCUUCAUUGUUUGCAAAUUGUUUCACAAUUCAGAGAAAUUACAACACUACAACAAAACAACCUUAAACACUUUGACAUGUCAUCAGAUAUAAGCUAAAUUUUUUAAAUCUACCUUCGAGAACAAAGGUGUUUGUUUAUAUGUACUUUUAUUUUCAUGGCUAUUGGCAAAUUUUGUUGUUUUGUUAAGUCAUGUGCUAGUGAUUUUGGUUUUCCAAUAGUGUGAUAGUGUGUUUGGUUCUGUUUUAUUAACGAUUUUUGAAGCAAAGUUUGAAGCUUUUUUUGGUGGGGUUGUGGAGAAUUUUGUGGUGUGAGUGAUGGGUAGGGAUCGUGUGCUACUACUGCAAACUGUUGGAAGAGAACCUCCAUUAAAACGGCGAGCCGGGUUAAGGAGGAAACAAGCUGGAAGAGGGUCUUACAGAGGAAGUUAGGUAGCUAGGGUAAGGUGAUUGAUUGGUUUUUAGGUGAUUGGAGGGUUUUUCUUGUUUUUUGGAGGACUAAUUUGACAACCCUUUUUGUUGAGGGUGCCUUUGAGGUGUCAAAGUUUCUAACUUUUUUAUAAAGGGAAGAAGAAGAUGGGUAACAACUUAAAUCAACUACUCAGAAGUCUUUGUUUCAAUACUCAUUGGAAUUAUGCUAUCUUUUGGAAGCUCAAACAUUGUGCUCCAAUGAUCUUGACUUAUGAGGACGCUUACUAUGACAGUUUGGAUUGUUUUGACUCUUCAGAAAAUAAGUACUGUCAGAAGACCUUGGAACAGAUUGAAGGUGGGAAAUCUUCACCCGACGCUCUGGGAUUAGCUGUGGCAAAGAUGUCUUAUCAUGCAUAUUCAUUAGGUGAAGGUAUUGUUGGACAGGUAGCUGUUUCUGGAAAACAUCGGUGGAUUUGUGGAGAUAAUCAAGUUACAAGUUCUGGCUUGUCUAUUGAUUUUGCUGAUGGGUGGCAAUCUCAGUUUUCUGCUGGAAUUAGGACAAUUGUUGUCGUGCCUGUAGUCCCACUAGGCGUUGUUCAUCUCGGAUCUCUAAUAAAAGUGAAUGAAGAUAUAGAGGUUGUUAAUCAUAUAAGAAAUAUUUUCUUGACUACUCAAAAUUACUCAAUAGACCAUAUUCCUAGCCAAAUACAAAGUAGUUUGAAGAUCCCUUUGUCUCAAUCGGAUGUCUUGGAGGAAAAAUUGUCUUCAGAUAUUACGCCUGCGUGCUUACAAAAUACAGCAAGAACCAUGAGGAAUAAAACUGUGGAUGUUUUGAUGCCCCUUCAAUGUUCUGCAAGGAACAACAACACAACUCAUUCUGCUUAUUGGGAAAUCGGAGAUAAUAUAGUCAAGCAUGAAGGACCCAAACUCUGUAGUGACAUGAGUUCCAUUUUGCUUCAGUCAAUGUCCUGUAUGAUUAAUGUGGAGCAUCAGAAGUUUGGAGCUAUAAAACCUCUAAGUGGGAGGGAGUGUGAAUCGGAACAAAAUCUCGCUUCAUUUUCGAACAAUUUAGCUAAAAAUAAUGUCGGCGUUAAUGAUUUAAUACACCAAUCAGAAAAGGCCAAAGUUGAUUCUGCAUGCUUUCCUUCAGUUUUUCUUGAUGCAGAUGUUUGUGAAAGUGAUCAGUUGCAUUAUGUGGAUACCUACCAAAAAGCGAUGUUGAAUAUUGCUAGACCUUUAGAUGAGAACUCCCAUAGACAUACCAAAAAUUUGGAGUUUCGAACUGAACCAUGUGACACCGAUGCCUCCUAUACACUGUUGAAGUUUCCUGCUGGAUAUGAACUCCAUGAAGCGCUUGGACCGGCUUCUUUAAAAGGGAGUAAAUAUUUCGAUUGCCUGGCACAAGUUAACCAAGAUAUGGAAAUUGUGGAUAUGCCGGACGAGAUUAACACUACUCAAUUGACUUCUGAAUUCCCUCCAGAGCAUCUUUUGGAAGCAAUGGUGGCCAAUAUUUGCCACAGUAAUAAUGAUGUUAAUUAUAGUAAAUUAUCAUUUUGUAGAUCAAUGCAAUCUGCAAUGAGUUCUGGAAAAACGCCUGAAGCUUCUAUUCACAAUGUGCAUACUAUAAAUGUAGAAGGCUAUUCAAAUUCAAUGGAUCAUCCUUCUCUUGUCAGAGAGGAAAAAUAUCAUUGUUUGAGUUCGUCAUCAGGGAUAAGUGGCAUGAUUUCAUCUAAAGGUGUUACUUCUAAGUAUCAUAGUGCUUGUAGCGAACAACUUGAAAGGUCUUCUGAACCAUCUAAGAACAGCAAGAAGAGGGCUAGGCCCGGGGAAAGUUGCAGACCUCGGCCAAGAGACAGGCAAUUGAUUCAGGAUCGAAUUAAAGAGCUGAGAGAGCUGGUGCCAAGUGGAGCAAAGUGCAGUAUUGAUUCGCUACUGGAGCGCACGAUAAAGCACAUGCUAUUUUUGCAAGGCAUAACUAUGCAUGCGGACAAGUUAACUAAAUUUUCUGAUACUAAAUCAAAGUUGCAUCAUAUGGAAACAGACAUUGUUGGAUCCUCUAGUUGCGAGCAGGGUUCAAGUUGGGCAGUGGAGGUAGGGGGUGAUCUAAAAGUUCAUUCAAUAUUAGUGGAGAAUCUUAGCAAGAAAGGACACUUGCUUAUUGAGAUGCUAUGUGAGGAGUGCAGCCAUUUUCUCGAAAUAGCAGAAGCAAUAAAAAGCUUGGGCCUUAAAAUUUUGAAGGGUGCAACAAAAGUGCGCGACGAGAAGAUAUGGAUAUGCUUUAUUGUUGAGGGUGAGAACAACCGAAAUGUACACAGUUUGGACGUUUUGUGGCCGCUUGUUCAGAUAUUGCAAUCCAAGCGCUGUGCAUCAACAAUAACUGAUUGAUUCUUGGAAAUUUUGUGGACCUUCAUUGGUCACCGUAGCCCAUUCUUGAUAUCUGAGAUAAUGCUCAGAAUCUCCUACACUUGUAGUGUUCAAUACUCCAUUUGUUGUUUUUCUUAAGUUCUGAUUGGAAUUUGAUUUGAUUGUAUGUUUGGGUUUGACAUUGAAGAUAAUGCUACAAUACAAUGCGUUGAUUGCUUCUUAGAAAGGUUGUCAAAGCUUUAAGCAAA